AUGUGUUGUGUGCCCUUUAUUCGAUACCCCAUCUACUUCGCGACUAUGAUUGUUCUUCUUCAUCUCAUCAAUAUCAGGAGAGAAGCAUCAGGUUUCCUUUAUUUUGCAGUUGUGUUCACCUUUGCUUUCCGGUUCGUGUGUCUGUCUAAAGAGAGAGGUUUAUUUAUUGGGAGGUAUAGUAGAAUAAAGAGCUCCCAAUGUAGCUUCUUAGUGGGAAACAAGUUGAACUUUCCUAGACAAAGAGUUCAAGCUUCUCAAAAGACUCGUAAAUCAGGGAAACAUGUAGGAUCACUUGGUCCCACAUGUCGUGCAGAAAAGAUCUUAAUAGCAAACAGAGGGGAAAUUGCAGUAAGAGUGAUUAGAACUGCUCAUGAGAUGGGGAUUCCCUGUGUUGCGGUCUACUCCACCAUUGAUAAGGAUGCACUUCAUGUGAAACUACCGGAUGAGUCAGUUUGCACUUCAUGGGAAGCUCCUAGUAGUCAAUCGUACUUAUAG